AUGCAUCGAAAGCAACGGGGGGCCACGUGGCGGAGGUCUCAAAUGGAGACGGAGCAGGCGCUGCCCCCCUCUCAGGAGCCCUUGGUGCAGAUGCUGCCGCGGCAGGAGAUAUCCUCCACGCGGCUAGCUGGGCCGUCUUCUGCAGGCCUGUUGUUGGGUGGUGUGCAGGAGGAGCCGCACCAAGUGGUAGCGGCGUUGGAAUUGGAGCCCCUAAGGCUGGUGACUCCCUUCUGGCUCUUCGCCUGCCUCCGCGAUGGGCGCGUGUAUGCUCCUGAAACGCAUCCGCUCUUCCGCGUCUCCGCAGCCCUAACCCACACACAGCCCCCCCUGUGGCGCGUCCAUCAAGGUGUGCAGAUGCAGCCUUCUAUGUCGCGUAGUCAGCGGGUCCUCUUACUGGGUUUUACUCGGAGGCUGCGCCGCGUCAGGCGGCCUCGAAGUUUUGCAUACGGCGUUCUAUCCUCGGAUUCAGAAGAAGAGAACAAGGAGGGAGAGAAGCCAGAAGCAGCUGGCCAUGCCCUUGCAGCACAUGACCUGGAAAUGGGCGUCGCUUGCGUUGAGGCUUUGGGGGGCUCCUGCCUGUCUGCCUCUUCAGUGUUACGGGCAACUGAGGAACAUUCUUUUGGGGACCUCGCAGCAGCAGACGACGAUGCAGCCAGCGACGCCGCAGAAAGGGUGGGAGUGGACGUUGUUGUUGUGGGUCGUCUCGCAAGGCUCCGCGACGCAAGCGCUGCUUUGCUGGAUAAGGGAACAGUUCUUCAUGAAACUGGCACUCAGCAGCUGAGGACGAUCACACAACGAAAGAAACGAAGACUUGGGGCCGAGGCUGAGCUCGCGCUGCUGUACAAACUGCAGGGGCUGCGCAUUCCGUGUGUACAUCAUCAGUGGCUCCUCGACGCAUAUUGCUUUGGGCGUGCACCGCCGUUUGACGCAUAUGCCAUCCCGCCCCAACCGGCUCACCAGAUCGAAGCACCAGCAGCCGCCAGCGCUGCGACCCAAAGGCAGGAGGUGCUGCAGGGCGUGCAGGUGCUCGUGGCAGACUCGGAAGUUACCCGAGAUCCUACGCUGCUACAACGCGUAGGCGAGCUCGGUUGUACAGACGUCACGGCUAUCCCCUCCCUCCUGGGUAUCUGUCCUUGGCUUUUCAGCUCCAGUGCAACUCGAGAACUCGCUGCAGUGCUGUGCGGAUGCAGCGAUCGGGUUCAAAGCGUUACCGCUGCGCUGGAGCGAGCUGAAGCUGCAAGGAAACGUAGUUGUCAAGAUUUUGCCGCAGUGGUUUUUGUGAUUAAGAGAGAAGACUUGGCGGGGCUAAUGGACUUGGCCGCUGUCGCUGCCGAAGCGGUUGAGGCAACGGCCAGCAGUCAGCAGAUUAUCGAAGUUGCGCCGACAGGGCGGGCCGCAAGCACCCGAAGCGCCCAGCGCCAGCAAGCUCCUCCAGCGCAGCAGGACCAGCAGAAGCAGAAGCUCCGAGCAUUGAUUUCGGCUGCGCAACAGCGAGUGUUGCAACAACUGCCAGCUGCAAUGGCCUGUCAGGCGCAGCGGCUGUGGGAGGGCGCAACAGCCGUUGCAGUUCGUCCAGCCGAAGCCAAUGCAGCAGCCCUCGUUGCCAAGCGCAACGUCGCAGCCCUUGCGGAAACGGCGCCGCUAGCUGUUUCUCCGGAGUGGAUUGCGAGUUGUUGGGCUGAGGCUCGUCGUGUCCCCGCCGAUACGGCUCAUGGACGUGCACCCGAGUUUUGGGCUGACGUUCUUGCCUCCGACUCGGGAGGCCACAUAGAGGAUGCCGCUCUGCUAGCAGCACUUCAAGACUGCGGGGGUGCAGUCAUUUACGGAGACUUCCCAGUUGUGACUGAUGCGAAAGAAGCGAGGUAA